AUGGCGCCGAAAAAGAAGGGCAUUUCCGUCAAUCUGCGCGACCUGCAGCGCGAGAUGGGCGUCGGCCUUACGCUUCUCCCUUCGGCCCCCAAGCCGGUCGACGAGGCGGCGCUGGCUGCUGCGGCAGAGAAGGAGCGCGAACGCGAAAGAAUGCUGGGGCCCGGCGGCGGGCGUUGGGCAGAUCGCAUGGAUGACUCUGAUGACGACGAGUGGCGCAGAGAGAGCGAAGGCGCGAACUUCGGCGGCCGCGGCGAGGGCGAUCGACGCGAAGGAGGCAGAGUGCACCAAGAAGUCGAGCUCCCCGACGAGCCCUGGAGGCGCUCGGCGCCUCUGCCGCCUCGCGACCAAGAAGGCGGCGAGCGAGGCGGCCGCAGGAACUGCGACGAAGAAGAGGCAGACCUCGGCGUCCUGCGCUCGACAUCUAAGGUCAACCCCGCAGGCGCGGGAGGCGAUCCGGCGCGAGGCGGUCGGGGGGAGAACGCUGGGCGUCAUCACGAAGAAGAUUUAGACUUUGGCGAACUCCGCAAAGCCACGGUGCAAAGAGAGGGUGCACCCGCCAGCCAGAAGGGCGCCCGCGAGUACGAUGACGCGCUCGACUUCGCCGCAGUCAGGGGAAGGCCGAGAGCCUCGAGUGGACACGCUGCGGUCAGCGGAGUCGCAGACGUCGAUGGAGAGCAAGCCUGGGCGCUACGUGCCGCCCUCGAAGCGCACGCCGGUCGGCGGCCGCAGCGAGGAGAAGAGCCGCGGUGCGACUUCCCCCCCGUGAACGAUCGCUUCGCUGCGCUACUCGAGUCAAACGACCGCCCCGCGCCUCGGCUGCGACCUGCCGGCGAGGGUGCCGAGUCCGCAGAGAGCGUGACCGCUGCCGCGCCGAAAGCCGAGAAGAAGGAGACCUCCCCAGAAGAGCCGAAGGAGAAGGAGUGCGCGGCUGAGGAUAAGGAGGCCGCGGGCGUCUCACCUGCUUCUGGAGAGAAGGCUGGCGCGAGUGCCGGAAAGUUCGUGCCCAAGUGGAAGCAGCGCAUGGAGGAAGAAAAGCAGAGGGAAGAGGCGCGCGCGCAAGUUGCGCAGCCGACAAGGUCAAUGAGUCACCUGCAGUCGGGCGGGGCGGAGGAGAACAAGCGGGCGCAGAUUUUCUCGCCGUCGUCCUCGACGCGGGUGGAGGAACCCGUGCAGAUUCUGCAGCCUGUCCGCCUCGGCUCGCGGAAGGAAGGCGCCGGGCUUGGCGGCAGCUUCGUCAACGGCAAGUAUGUCCCCUCUGGCGUCCGCGCGCAGAGUCAGCAGAGUCCCAAUCAGCCGCAGAAAGAGUCUGAAGUGCAGAGGUUCUUCAAGGCGGCCGCGGGCUCCGCAGCCGCAGGCGCGGCGGAGGACGAGGAGGAAGCCAAGCGCCGCGAAGAGCUGCAGAAGAAGAAGGAUGAGAAGGAGCGCCGCGAGCGGGAGAAGUUUGACGAGCAGCUGAAGAAGCGCGAAGAACUGGUGAAGACGUUGACCUACAAAGAAGAAAACAUCCUCAGCCUCGUCCAGGUCCUCGAGAAGGGCCUCGACGACGCGGAGAAGAACAAAGCACUCGGCGUUGAGCAGGUCCUUGCAGUGCUGCAAGACGAAGACGAACUCGCGAGCAUCGUCCCCAGCGCCGUCGUCGCCGCCGUCCUGCUUAAGCUCGCGGCGAAGAAGGAAACCAUGGAGGAGGUUCUGGAGCUCGUCCAACGCGUCGAGGCCGCCUGGAAGGCGCUCUUCGAGAAGAGCUCCGUCAAGGACAAGGAUCAGGUCCUCAUCAAGGAGAUGGUCAAGAUGACCAAAGCUGUAAAGUGCCCGCGUCUCUCUUCCUCGACGGCGCUCAUCGAGGCCGUGUGGGACGCCAUGGUCGCGACGGCAGUCCUCUCCGAUACGUCGUUCAUCAGAUGGUUCGACGACGAUAACGACGACACCGAGGGUCGGACUGAAGUUCUCUUCCAGGUCCUCACGUGGGCGCAGUGGCUCCAAGGCCAGUUGGAGGGCGCGGACGCGCAGGAAGAGGAAGUGAGUCGAAAUCCGGAAGCGGAGAACGACGACUACGACAUCGAGGCCUUGGUGCCUAAGCGCGAGGGCGAGAAGAGCACGAAGAAGAAGAAAUGA